GCGUUCGGUCGUAAGUGCUUUCGCUGAUUGGUGGGUUGAACAGUGUGGGCGUGGCCAGGCAGAGCUCAGGUUUAACGCAGCACUGAAGGCGCAGCCAGCUUUCAUUCCGCUGCGCGUCCGUGCGAUCAACAGCCUUCAAGCUGUGACAUUAUGUUCGUUUCUGACUUGAGGUGGACCUGAUUCUGUUUGUUAUUCACUGCAGACUGGAAGCUAAGCAGCUGAAGAGUACUCGCCCGACUUCAGGAGAGUAUUUAUCUUGGUGGUGGUUACGCGUUACGCAGCUGUGGCGAUGGAUUUGGCGAGGCUUGUGCUCUGCGUCGUGGCGAACGUGUGCGUCUCCCUCUCCACAGCAGAGAGACACAGCGUUUUCUGGAACAGCACGAACCCAAAGUUUCAGGGGGACAGCUACACAGUGGAGGUGCGUCUGAAUGACUACCUGGACAUCGUGUGCCCGCAUUACCCUCUUGGCACGGUGCCGUCCCAGGAGGCCGAGCGCUAUGUGCUGUACAUGGUGGAGCGUGAGGACUACGAGGCGUGCCGACCACAGUCCUAUGAGCAGAUGCGCUGGGAGUGCGGCCAGCCGUUUGCCCUGCACGCGCCAGAAAAGUUCUCCGAGAAGUUCCAGCGGUUCACACCCUUCACCCUGGGCAAGGAGUUCCGCCCAGGCCAGAGCUACUACUAUAUCUCCAAACCGCUGCACCACCAUGGACAGGAGUGUCUGAAGCUGAAAGUGGAUGUCAUUGCUAACAAUGGAUCACAAGAGCCUAGAGUUGGACCAGGCAAAGGAAGUGGAGGAGGCGGGCACACUACCUCAAACCGCUUACCAGCAGACGAUCCAGUCGUGCUGCCAGAGGUUCAGAAAAGUGCGCGAACAAACUCUGCAGUCAGACCAGCAUUUUUGACCAUCCUUACAAUGCUGCUCCCUUUAUUAUUAUUGCUGGUUUUGCAGUAAGAACAUUUUAAAGCACUACAGUGGUCCACGAUUGAGAUGAAGGUGGUAUGUGUCAACCAAAACACACAGAAGGAGUUCUCAAAAGCCCAGCGCUGGCCACUGGGGGAGGAACAGAGGAGCUGUCUGAUGCUGUUUUGGUUUUAGAGACGGUUCACCAAAAUUGAGAGGGUCGAUUCGCACUCCUACUCUGCUACAGUCAGCAAAAAUGUGGUCAUUCUUCCUGAAAGGAUGCUUUAUGUAUACCAUAUUUUGCUCAAAGCAUACCUUUUUAACUAAACGUAAGUAAAAGUACUCUGUAGUUGGAGGAGCGAUGGAUGAUAAGGACAUCAGAACUGUUCACUGUUCUGGGGUGUUGGGCCAAACCAAGGCAACAUUCUGUAAUUGUUUAUAAGACAGCCCAUAAUCUAAUGAGCCAAAGAUCACAGAGCUUAUCACUAAAGUGUAUAAUGGUUUUGUUGUUGUUUUGUUUUCAAGUGAUUUCUUCAUGUAGCAGCAAAGAAGCACAAGCCGUUUUUAUAACAUUACCAAAUCAACUGGAAUUUAUGAUUUUCCAUCACACACACACACACACACACACACGCACACACACACUUCAUGUGCCAUACAAAGACACUUAUUGUAGCAUUCACACACACACACAACCUGUUUUGUUGUACAUGUUUCUUAAGUUCUUAAGUUAUUAAAUGUGCUGCAGAAUGACUAGCUGUAUAUAAGUUUAUAAGAAGCAAAAGGUCCAACCAAUUUUUACUUUGUAAAACAAAGGAGGAAGAAAAAAGCAGAGAGGGAGAGAGAGAGAGAGAGAGAGAGAGAGAGAGAAUUAUAAGAAUUUGCUCUUUAACCAAAUAGACACACUAUCCCCAGAGUGUGCAUUACUAGACGAGUGGAAAUGCAUUUGAAGCAUAAAACACACCCAGUGUGCUCUAUGUGCUUUUUCCUCUUUUGAGCAUCUGAAAGGGAGACAAAUUACUUUAUCUCUAAAUUGUGAGAGUUUAAUCUCACUAUUUGACAUUCAAUAAUUACAUACAUACACCGAUCAGCCAUAACAUUAAAACCACCUGCCUAUUAUUGUGUUAGUUCCCCCUUGUGCCAAUGAAACAGCUCUGACGUGUCGAGGCAUGGACUCCACCAGACCUCAACAUGUGCUGUGGUAUCUGGCAUCAGAACGUUAGCAGAUCCUUUAUGUCCUGUACGUUGUGAGGUGGGGACUCCAUGAAUCAGACUUGUUUGUUUGGAAUUUGGAGGCCAAGUCAACACCUUGAAUUUUUUGUCAUGUUCCUGAAACCAUUCCUGAACAGUUUUUGCAGUGAGGCAGUGUGCAUUAUCCUGCUGAAAGAAGCCACUGCCAUUAGGGAAUACUGUUGCCAUGAAGGGGUGUACUUCAACAGUGUUUAGGUAGGUGGUACGUGUCAAAGUAACAUCCACAUGGAGUUCCUGCAUGGCUGAUCGGUGUACAUACAUACAUACAGUGAGGUCCAAAAGUCUGAGAGCACUUGUGAAAAUGCUUCUAUUUUGCAUUCCUUUUUAAUUUAAUACAACAAUUUUAAUUAC